CGAUAUAGCUUACCCGUCACCACACUGCGUACGUAUAGGGGAGGCUGGCUGUAGGUUGGGGCACACACUCGGAUACAAGCUGUCGCACAACGCUGACUAAGUGGAAUUAAGUUUUAACAAGAGACUUGGAAAAUACUGUCAUUAAAGUGACAAACACGUAUUGGAUUAUCUUGCUGAGCCAAGUUUUAGGCGAUCCGGGGCUUUAACCUUCCAACGAGGAGAAAAGAUCCAUAAUGUUUUGGAGGAGGAAGCGCCCGGAGAGAGGACUGAAGGCAUUGGCGGAAGGCGGCUUGGCUUUUGCUAGGACGUACUCAAAUAUCUUAGCCCAGACCGAGUCCAAACUUGACCAUGCCAUUGAUAGAGAUAACAGGAAACCGAAAUCGACCAUUGGCAAGGUACGGAUGAAGGGUGAAAAGAUAAUCCACAGUAAACAAGUACUGCUUUCUAUAGUCCUUCUCAACAUAAUAGACUGUAUACUGGUGCUGGGGGAGCUAAUCCUCGACAUCUACAUCCUCAAAGGUGUCUUAGAUAAAGCAGAAUACAAAGAGCUAAACUUUGUAAUAAAUAUGAAGCAGCUAUACCCGGAUCAUCUUGCUCCACUGGAUAAAACAGAUAUUGGCAUUUUAUAUGAUAAGGUAUUGGAGGCUCACAUAGAGUGGGAUAAAGGGACACGCAAUUCUCACGGAACUGACACGUCAUUGACGUCACACAACCCCGCAAAUUUCACUUUCUUGACCACCAUUAACCCAUCCAGCAACACCGAAACUGCAACCCCAUCAGUGAGACGCAAAAGAGCUAUUACUUCUGACAACGGUAGCCAUGGCAACACCACGGUUGAUCUGCAUGGAAACAGUACAAUUCACCACGACGACCACGAACAUGAGCAUCCACUCGAAGAGGAACUUGCGCACGCAUUCCACAAAGCUAGCAUCGCCAUAUUGGCAAUUUUAGCCGUUGAGACGAUGCUGAAGGUUUUCUUUUUCGGAAAAGAAAUGCUGGAAAGAAAAUUAGAGAUGUUUGACGGGUUCAUCGUUUUUGCUUCGUUCGUAGUCGAUAUUGUCUUCCUAAAAGGAAUGAGUGGGAUGCACGUGCGAGAGAUGGUGGUCAUUUUGGCGUUCCUGGUGCCAUGGAGAGUCAUCCGAGUGGUCAACAGUUUGGUUGUUGCCGUUAUUGAUCAUGAACAUUUCCGGAUGAAGUUGCUGUACAAACAAAAGAAAGAAGUAUCUACUGAUCUUAAGAAAAUGAAGGCUGAAAAUAAGUCUCUGAUGAACGGGAUAGAUAUACUGAAGAAGAUGGCGAUUAGCGCUGGAGUCACAGAACAGGAUAUUGAGAAGAGUCUGGCUAUAGCUAAUGUGAAGGGUAAGAAGAAGAAAGGGCCGUCCAUUUCGUCAAUAGCAGCCAGCCAUUUCUCCUCAAGCAUGAAGAAAAACUCAACGUCUGUGUCCAGUGAACCGAAAACCAGAGUACCGUCUAUCGAAGAGAGUGAAUUAGAAAACGAUGUGUUCGGCAAGGUCGAUGACCCCAAGUCUCCAGUAUAGUGACGCUUGUUAUCAUUACGUAGAUGCUGUGUUGGAGGAGCUACCAGGUUUAUGCCAACUUGAAGGAAUUCAUCAUUUUCCACACAGUCAUACGUCUAUAAGAAGACAAAGUAUGAUUGAUAUCUUAUCAAAAAUAUGAUAACUAAGGGAAUAGGAGAGAGGGAGGUUGGUAGUUAUAUUUCCUGUUAUGUAUACAGGAAGGCAUGUCUCCUAUCGGUCAUACUGCAGGUAGAAAUGGCUGCCUGGAUUCUCAGAACGAUGAGUGACGCUUGUGUUCAAAUGCUUCUUCGGCACGAGGCCUUUUUAUCAAGGGCUACGAUGUUGAUGUAUAUGCUUUGCUGUAUGACUGGACCAACCUUGUAUUUUAUCAAUAGCAAAGAAAUUGUGAUCAUCUUUUGUAUUCGGUUAAGUUUAAUAAAAUGUUUUAUGCAAUCUGUUUGUACAUGUGUAUUAACAUUACACAUAUACACACUCUGUUUAUAUUUUUAUAAAACUUACAAAAAAAAGUCUCAGUUUAUGGCAAAAAUUAAUAUGGUAUGACGAUAUGUAUUUCGAUAUGAUACAUUUAUGACGAAAAAUGAGAUGUAUGACGAUAUGAUAAAUAUGUGACGAAAAAAGAAGGAAACAGUAAUAAAAAAACAAAAAGUUGCAUACAAAGCAGAAAGAAGGAAAAUGUGAGAAUUGAAAAGGAGCGAGAAAAGGAAGAAGAAAACUAAUGUGUUUUUGAUUAGUUUGAUGCGUUUUCAUGUGACAAGAUACUGUAUGUUCAUAGACGCUGAUAGUACUUUCAUGCAUUAAAUACAUACCUAUCAAUUGUGUAAGGAUGCAGAAAAAGAUGACAGGAAUAGUCAAUAAGAUUUGUUUCCAUUUACCCCGCAUAUUUUAAACGGAAGUAGACACGUUUGCUUUAACUAUCAUCAGUAUACAUCUGGACUGACUACGUUUCUUUAAUAUAUUGUUUUAAUCCGUUUAUUGAUAGUGAGUUGAAAGCAUCUUUAUAAAUAUCAUAAAGAUAAGGAAAAAUGAUUGUCAGUUGUAUGUAUUUUGGUUAUAUUUUAAAUUCAAAUACCAAACGUUUCAUUUUUUUUAUGCAAAAACAAAAUAGUCAAUAUAAAAAUCACAAAAAACCCCAAAAGCGUAUUCAAUGGUCUCCAAUUUUGUGUUAUAUCUAUGUCAGUCGUGGCUAUCAGCAAUUCCUGCCUGGAAAGAUAUUGAAUAAGUUGUCAACGUGCUUUUGGUAACUUCAAACUGAAACCAUAACAGAUUUAUAUAAUCUUGUAUAUUCAUUGUAUUUUUCAUCAUCAUCUGCAUUAAACUAUCCUCGUUUUUCUUUUUUACCUUUUGCAAUUUCAUGUUUUACUAAGAAUAUUACUGAUGAAAAAAUUUUGUGCAAUUUCUUUUUUAUUUCUGAAAAAAAUGAUUUAUUUAUGGACAAGGGAUAAAGAACUAUUGCUUUGGUAUUUUUGGAAAGUAUAACUUCUGUAAACUCCUACUUCAAUUCUUUAACAAAUAUAUAUCUUUCAUUUUCUUUAUCAUAACGAUAUCGUUUAUCAUUAACUAAUAUCAUAUAAAGAAGAUAAUUUAAUCGUCUAUCUUUGCCUUUUAAUCGACCAAAUUUGUGUUUUCAAAGAAGAAUUCAAAUUGAUAUAGUCUGCUUUUCUAGACAACUUUUUUCCACAGUAAGAAUUAUCUUUCCAUAACCGAUUUAUUAUUUAUAUGGUUACGUUGUACGUUCCAUUAUUUACUCAUAAAUUUACAUGUUUCAUUGGUCGUUAUGUCUCUUGCCAAUUACCAGGUGCCUUAAAUGAUCUUUGUUGUCCAAGUCCACAUGAAAGAUUCAGAGAAAGACUAAUUAAUUAAAAUUUACAAAAUAAAACCCCAAACAAACUGCUUAAUUGCUUUUUUUAAUAUUAUUGUGCAACAGAAUGUAAACUUGUACAAAUAUUAAUCAAGCUUGAUGGUCAAGACGGAUGCGCAGAAAAAGAUGUGUCUUGUUUGCGGGAAGAAGUCGAAAUGUCCAGAGAAAACCCAAGAUUGAUGAAUUUUCAAAAUCAUCAUUUGCUGGAAAAGCGAGGUUGACUUUCUAUGAAAGGAGAGGUUUCGGUUAACCCCACACUAGGCAAUGCUUAAUUGUUUACGUGCCUAUAACUAUGUGGAGAUUACAAACUUGUUCAAUUUCCACAAAAUUGCAUGCAUGGAAAAAAAUCAAUAAAGGCAUUAUUAAACUAAUCACUAGGAACGUCUACUCGGAGAUCUGUUUUGUGUAUAUAACUUGUUGAUAUUAUUUUUACUGGUAUUUUUGUUACAUAUGAAUGCAAAUUAAAUAUGAAAAAUAAAAUAUAU